AUGGCUAUUUUACCUUUUUCCAUUGACGCCAUACUUAAUACAGGUAAAUGUUUAGCAUAUUUCGCUUCAUCAUGGAGUGGCCCAUGGAAUGAUGAAAAACGAAAGUCAUUUGAAUGUCCAGAUUGUGGCAAAGUUUUCAGUGCUCACUACAAUUUGACAAGACAUAUGCCUGUACAUACAGGAGCUCGGCCAUUUCUGUGCAAAGUAUGUGGUAAAGCUUUUCGUCAAGCAUCAACACUGUGUCGUCACAAAAUAAUUCAUACACAACAAAAACCGCAUACAUGUGUCACCUGUGGUAAAUGCUUUAAUCGGUCAUCAACGCUCAACACUCAUAUCCGGAUUCAUUUAGGCUAUAAACCAUAUAUAUGCGAACUGUGUGGUAAAGGAUUUCACCAGAAUGGAAAUUAUAAAAAUCACAAAUUAACACACAGUGGUGAAAAACGCUUUAAAUGUAACGUUUGUAAUAAGGCUUUUCAUCAGACAUACAACUUAACAUUCCAUAUGCAUACACAUCGAGAACAGAAGCCAUUCGUUUGUUCUUUUUGCGCCAAGGGCUUCUGUCGUAAUUUCGACUUGAAGAAGCACAUUCGCAAACUGCACCAAAUUACAUCAUCUAAUGAUCAAUGA